AUGGCAUUGCAUCAAUAUUUAUCGGAAACUUAUGGGCCCACAAAACCUAAGAAUAAGACGAGAAAGAAGAAGAAAGAGUCAAAAUCAGACGCCAAUUCUGACAAAAAUUCAUUAAUAGUGAAAGAACGGUUAAGUAUACUGCAACAAGAACAGAAGAAGUCAGGAGUUACUUCAAUCAGCAAGUUUGGCAAACAGAACAGCAAGAAUAUAUGGAAGAACUUGGAGACAAACGAGCUCUCCCAUGCAAUAACGCAUUCCUCUACAUCGUUAAUUACUGGCUAUAAUAACAAGAGCGAUGUACAGGAAACGAGCACUCAAGAGCCACUUACCACAGUAGCAGGCAAACAGAAAACACGAGAAACCAUAUACAGAGACGCUCAAGGUCACAAAAUACAAGAAAAUUGCAAAAUAGACAACUCCAUUUCUAGCCGAUCUAAAUAUGAAGAUGACAAAGCCGCGGAAAGAGAACAAUACCUGAGAACUUUAAAUAUGGGAGACGUUCAAAAGCUAGGAAUAAACGUAGAUUCCCACGAGAAGAAAAGUCAAACAUCCUCGAACCUGACGGUGGAAGAUCCUGCAACGAGAUUUACACAUGACGAAAAAGAGGUCAUAAAAACGUCGUUACUGGGCCGCAAGCUUUAUGAUAAGGUAGCACCUGAGAACAGGUUUGCCAUCACACCAGGAUCAAGAUGGGACGGUGUGCACAGAUCAAAUGGUUUUGAAGAAAAAUGGUUUGCUAAGCAAAACGAGAUCAAUGAGAAGAGAGUACAAAGUUAUACCUUACAAGAAGAUUACUGA